AAAACUCUGGCAGUUAAACCAUGAGGGUGCGAAGUAAAAAACUCCGCUACGCAGAAAACCAACGGAACGAUCUCUCGCUUCCAUUCCUCUCUUAAUUCUCAAUCACACUUCUCUUCUUUCUGCUUAGACGAUUUCAUCAGCAGUACGAUUCUUCGUCUUCCUAUCUUUUUCUUAGCUUUUCAUUCGUUUGAUAGUUUCGUGGAUCGUUCCAAAUGAGGCACUGAUGAUCGAGUACGGAGCAACAGAAGACGCUCAAAUGGAGGAAUACCUGGAGAACGUUAAAAGGCUGAGAUCGCAGAUGAAUGAUAUCGAGGAGGCGGCGGCCAACAGAUCGGUGGAAGAGCAGAAACAGAAGACCGCCAUUGUGGCCUUGGAAACCGAUAUCAGUUCCGUGAAAGCAGAAACAAAGCGUUUGAAUGAUGAGGCGGAGGAGAUGCUCAAGGCGAAGGCUAAUAUUGGCUCCGAGAUCACAGAGAAGCAAAGGAAAUUGUCUCUUCUGGAGGCGGAGUCUUGUAGCCUGUCUCAGACCGUGGAACUUCUCAAACAAGCAGUGGCCAACUUGUUAUUGAGACUGAAAGAGAAAAGAUUGCACUAUGGAAAUAUUUCUGAAGAAUUGAACCUCAAAGUGCAGAAACAACAGGAGUGGUACAACUCAUACAUGCUUAUGAUAGAAGAUCCAACAUCGGGCAUGGGUAGUGCAGAAGAAGAAAUAUUUCUAGACAAAGAAAAUAAAAAUGCUGCACAUUGGAUGCAAAUGAGUUCUGAGAAUAUGGGUGAUGAAAACACCGAAAGAUGCGGUGACUUAGACCUGAAAUCUGCAAAAAUGAAGCUAGAUGAAUUAGAGAUAAAAAAGUUACAGAUUAUUGAGGAUAGAGUUAAGACGCAGCAGCUACUUGAGCAGAUGAAUAGUAAGAUGCAGUCAACUCCUUCUGCACUUAUGGAAAUGGCUGUUAAAGCCCUGGAGAAUGAAUACAGUUCUGUGAAGGCUGAUAAAGCUGGGGAACUGGAGUAUUUGCAGUCCCUAGAGGCACGGAUCGAUCAACUGAAGAACCUCUCAUAUAUCAUCAACUGUCAAUGUGGCAACGAGUACAAAGUAGAGCUGGCAAAUUGAGCUGCAUUCUAUGGAUUAUGUGUAUGAAGCUGUUCACAUUUCACAAUAAGAAAAUAUAUGUAGCCGCUCAUGACUUCCUAAAUAGCAUGGUAAUAUUCUUAUAUCUUGAGAACUUGAGAUCACUGUUCGGAGUACUUUAGAAAACCCUAGAUGGUGAUGAAUUUUCAAUAGUGAAAUCCAUAGUUCCUAGGAUUCUUGGAAUUUGCACAAUAAUGCAUGGGUGCAUGUUAGGUCAAAUUUAGCAUACAAACUUGGAAGCAUGAGCCUGUUUCUCUAUGGUCUGCAUUAUACAUCUUGCAAUUUUUGUUA